CAGAAAAAGCGCUUCAACUGUUCGGAGGACUGCAAGAAGUGUGCGGCAGCUUCAGACGGUUGGUUCUUGUUUUGUGACGUAGGGGGUGAAAAGUAGACUUUCGACGGGGGUGAAUUUGUAGGGUCGAAAGUGACUUUUACCUGUUGCAGGGGCUGUGCUAUCGGUGUGUGUGUGAUUUUGUGGUGUUUUUUUUCUUCGAAAGUGUCAUCCUGGAUGAAGGAGAAUUGAUAGAUAAUUAACUAAAUUCGGAAGCACACGAAACCAACCCUCCAAAAUGCUGGAGCUCACCAAGAAACUAGCCUUCCUGUACCCCACCUACGUCCUGGCAGUGGUCUCCAUAGGCUACAUCUUCGGAGAGCUGGGCCACUACCUCAUAGGCGUCACCAGCAAAGCCAUCGCCAAGGACCUGCACUUCGGAGACAUCGCCUGCCAGCUCAACCUGACCCACGUCUACUUGACCGAGUUGCCCGUCAAGUGUGCUACUGCGCAGAACGAGUCGGUCUGUGCUACGUACGAGAUCAACGGAACCAGGUACUGCGAAUGGACUUACAAUGGACUAGGAUUGGACUACCAAAUCCUAGCUGGACCCAGUUUCAUAGCUGUCUUCACCAUUGUUGGAGUUCUGAUGGGAUUUCUGGCUGAUAAAUUCAACAGGGUGAAAAUGUUGGCAGUUUGCACUGUGGUGUUCGGUGUUUCCAUUAUCCUCAGCGGUACGGUCAAAGAAUUCUGGCAACUGGUACUUCUGCGCAUGAUCAUGGCGGCAGGUGAAUCCGGAUGUAACCCUCUCGGUCAGGGGAUACUUUCAGACAUUUUUCCAGAAGACAAAAGGGCUCUGGUCAUGGCUGUAUUUAACUGGGGAAUCUAUGGAGGAUAUGGAAUCGGUUUCCCCGUGGGUCGUUACGUGCCCCACCUGAACGCCUGGGGACUAGGCUGGCGCGUAGCCUACUACGGCGCAGGCAUAGUGGCCCUGAUCCUCGCUUUCCUCACGUGGUUCACGCUCAGGGAACCGGAACGCACGGACAUCGGCGAGUCUGCGCAGAACGACCACGAGGACGCCAAGAAGGUGACGAUUUGGACGGUGAUAUCAGACCCGAGAAUCAUUCUGCUGUGUUUGGCCGCCUCCAUAAGGCAUUGCGGGGGCAUGUGCUUCGCCUACAAUUGCGACUUGUACUAUCAGACUUAUUUUCCGGACUACGAUCUAGGAUGGUGGCUGUUUGCAGUGACGAUUGUGAUUGGAUCUAUCGGUGUGGUAAUUGGAGGCAUAGUUUCGGAUAAGAUCGUAGCAAAAAUGGGAAUCAGAUCUAGAUGUGUGGUGUUAGCUAUCAGUCAACUGGUAGCUACUCCAUUCGCUUUUGGCAGCGUUUUUUGUACUCCGACUGGGGCCAUGAUAACCCUAGGUAUAUCAUACUUCUUCGCUGAGAUGUGGUUUGGAAUUCUUUUCGCCAUGGUCGUGGAGAUAGUACCAUUGAAAUUCCGUUCAACAACCAUUGGAAUUUUCCUCUUUGUCAUGAACAACAUCGGAGGUAAUCUGCCUAUCGCUGUCGAGCCAGUUUCCAAGCAAAUCGGUUACAGGGAGAGCUUGUAUAUUUUCUACGUUGGAGCCUAUGCCCUAAGUUCUAUUAUGUUUCUGUCAACAACGUUCUUGAUGGAUGGUCCAGUUGUACCAGCAUCCUCCCCAUCAAAGAACCUUUCUGGACACGAUAAUGUCGUCUUUACCGGAGACGAUACCAAUCUUCCUACUAUAACGGCCUUAGUGAGGAACGGCAAAAAACUAGACGAUGAGAGCAGUAGGCUGUGAAAUAAUAGUGAAAAAAGACUUGGGACAAUUUUUGGAGAUGUAUUCGUACGCUUACUGUGACCUACUCGAUGAGUUGAUUUGUCGUUUUCAAUAUCUCAGAUAUACAGAGAAGAAGAAUUGUAUAGUUUAUAUGACGAAAUGGACGUGAGAGUCGUUUUUUAUAUAGUUUUUUUGAGGGCGUGGUCACUUGCCAACUGAAUGUGAAUAUUUCAUUUCAAACCAAAUCAUUUCAAUCAAUGAUGUUGCUUGUAUGUGAUAUUUAAUAUUUCCGAUCAUUUCACUUCGCUCAGAAUGAAUCUAAUAUAAAUUUUGUUGAUGUAUCCCCAUACAGUUGUGAUUGAACAAGUAUAAUUUAUAUUGAUGAAUUUUAUUGUACAUAACAAAAAAAACAGACUAGGUACUUUUAAUCUUUUGUUUUUUUUUACCUAGCUGAAUGAUGAAUGCAGUUCAUCAGGUCCAAGAGCCUAUAUAAAAAAAAUAUGUGGUAUCAUUCUUGUGUGGACAAUCAGGUUUCAUAAUAACCUGUUCACAAAGUCUUUUUUGAGGGUUAUUGAGGUGAAAUUCCACAAGACUGCAAAUUAAUAAUAAUAGUAUAAUUAUUAUGAGCUUGUAAGUAUAACAAUAAUCAUCAAUUACAAAAUUUAUUUAACUAUAUUGAAUAAUAUACGAAUGAAAACUAAGAACAAGUUUUGGUUUGACAAAAAGAUUUAGGUACCCAUGAGAAAAUCAAUAGACAAUGCUAAAUGUAAUAAAAACAGUUCGUUUGUCAGCCUAUCUAUAGAUAAUAGCCCAAUUAUUCUGAUACAGGUUCUCGAAAGAUUUUGGAAAUGUACUCAAAUUUACAUUUACCAUGAAUAACUGCAACAUUUAAAGAAUUAUUAUGGCUUAUUGGGGUAUCAGGCUUGGAUUUUGUAGAUUCUUGUUGCAGUAAUGUCUCCAAUCGACAUA